AUGGAUUUUGAACAUUUUAAAAAAAUUAAAUUAAUUUUUGAUUAUUUUAAAGAUUAUGAUAAAUCUAUACAGGAUUUAGACAAACAUAAAGGCUUUUGUAGCCAAGAAUACUAUGAUUUCUUUACAAAAUAUGUCGAUAAUUAUAAGGAGUUACAUGAAGAGUGUAUUACAAAAUAUCAACAGAAUAAAUAUUUUUGUAAUGAAUUUCGUAAACACGGGGGUACAAAAUAUCCAAAUGAAUUAGAAUACAGUCCUGGAGUAGGACCAGGAACAAAAGUACAACAAUUAUCAGUAAUAGAACCAGAAGAACAUUUAAGAACCCAAGCCUCAUUAGGAUAUAAUGUAGAUGAUUUAACUCCUGGAAAAACUAUUACUUCGGAUGAUAAAACAACUUCUAUAACAUCUAAAAGUAUCAAUAGUGUUGUCUCAGUUGCUGGAAUAUUAGUCCCUUCUUAUCUAGCGUACAAAGUAAUUAUAACUCAAUAA